GCGAUACUUGACAUUCCUUUAACUUCAGGCACAGCUGAUUAAAGCUAAAGCCUCCUGGCUUUGGUGAACUCUUUUAACAGCAGACAUGGUUGUUAAACUCACUCCGGGGGCAAUUCAAGCCCUGAUCACUGGCUCAGGGGGGACCAAUCCUGUGCUGCAGCUGCUGAAAAUCCGGCAGGUUGAUAACAGCGCUGCUCCUCCAAGGUACCGGCUCAUGAUGAGUGACGGUCGACACUCGUACGCAUCUAUCCUGCUUGCAACACAGCUGAACCACCUGCCUGAGCAGAACUUCCUGGAACCAAACUGUGUGUGCAAGGUGAACAGGACCACCACAAGCACACUGAAGGAUGGCAGGCUUGUGCUGGUCGUGAUAGACAUGGAGAUAUUGCAGUCAGCAGAGGAAACAGGAGGGAAGAUUGGGGAUCCCAUUCCAUACAGUGCAGAUGGUAAGGCGUCACCUCCGCAGAAUCCUGACUCUAGUACCUCUUUCUCAGCUUCCCCUGCGACCUCUGCAGUACCUGGACCCUCCUACAGGAACAACAGCAGCUCUGGAGGAAGCUCUGCCGGAAAGACAACCAUGAAAGUUUCACCCAUGACUUCUUCAACCAUGGAGGCUUCCCCAAUGAAGACUUCACCGUUCAAAGCUUCACCCAUGAAGACUUCUCCCUCGAAAGUUCCUCCCAUGCAGGCUUCACCGUUUAAAGCAUCACCCAUGAAGUUUUCCCCCUCAAAAGCUUCUCCCAUGAAGACUUCUCCCUCGAAAGCUCCUCCCAUGCAGGCUUCACCGUUUAAAGCAUCACCCAUGAAGUUUUCACCUGCGAAAGCUUCACCCAUGAAGACCUCGCCCUUUAAAGGUUCACCCUUUAAAGGCUCACCCAUGAAGUCUAACGGCUCUUCUCCAGGCUCUUCAAUAACAGUGAUUCCUAUCGGUAGCCUAAACCCAUACCAGAGCAAGUGGACUAUCAGAGCCAGAGUCACCAGCAAGUCCAGCAUCCGCAACUGGAGUAACUCUAGAGGGGAUGGGAAGCUCUUCUCCUUUGAGAUACUGGACGAGAGUGGAGAAAUAAAGGUCACAGUCUUCAACAAAGAAGUGGACAAGUUUUACUCUCUAGUGGAGCAAGGCAAGGUGUACUACAUCACCAAGGGUACGCUGAAGGUGGCCAACAAGCAGUACAACACACUGAAUCACGACUACGAGAUGACCCUCCACGCUCAGUCCUCCAUCGUGCCGUGUGAUGACGGUCAGGACAUUCCUACAGUCCACUGUGACUUUGUGCCCAUCGCAGAGCUGGAGAACAGAGACAAUAAUGAUGUCGUCGAUGUGAUCGGAGUGUGCAAGAGUGCGGAUGAUGUGUCCCGUAUAACCACUAAGAGCAGCAGAGAAGUCUCCAAGAGGGCCCUCCACUUAAUAGACACAACUGGCAAAGUGGUGACGGCCACAUUGUGGGGAGAGGAGGCUGAGAAGUUUAACGGCUCAGGGCAGCCAGUGGUCGCAAUCAAAGGAGCUCGUUUGUCUGAUUUUGGGGGCAGAUCUCUCUCUGCUUUGUUCAGUUCGACAGUCAUGGUCAACCCAGACAUACCCGAGGCCUUUAGAUUGAGGGGCUGGUUUGACCAGGAAGGCUGCAAGCUGAACAGCCAAUCCCUGACAGAGACGAGGUCAGCAGGCGGUGGAGCGAGGGUGAACUGGAAAUUUCUGAGCGACGUUAAAGAUGAACAACUGGGACAUGGAGAGAAGGCGGACUAUUUCAGCUGUGUGGCGACGAUCGUGUACACUCGCAAGGAGAACUGUCUGUACCCGGCCUGUCCCUCUGACGACUGCAACAAGAAGGUCAUCGACCAGCAGAACGGGUUCUACCGCUGUGAGAAGUGUAACAGAGAGUACCCUAACUUCAAAUACAGACUGCUACUCUCUGCCAACUUAGCGGACUUCGGGGAUAACCAGUGGGUGACAUGCUUCCAGGAGACAGCUGAGGUCCUCUUAGGUCACAGCGCAGAGACGUUGGGACAGCUCAGAGACACAGAUGAGGCUGCAUUUGAUGAAGUCUUUCAGAGAGUCAACUUCACCUCACACAUCUUUAAAAACCGAGUCAAGCUGGAGACGUACAACGACGAGGCUCGAGUGAAGGCGACUGUGGUGGAAGUCCAACCCAUCGACCACAGGGAGUACAGCAGGAGACUCAUCAGCAACAUCCACAAACUGGCCGGAUAAAGAAAUCCCAGUCAUCGGAACGGCUGCCUGAUGAUUAAACCUGUCUUCCGCUGGUCUCUGACUUGUUCGACUUUUUCCACCAGACAACAGCAGAUCUGAGGCGACAGAUGGGCGGCCACUGAUUCAUCAUGUUUAAAUGGCAGCCAAACAAGAGACUAAGCACUAAGUUGUUGUUCAUGUUCUUCAACUGGCCGGUUGUACAGCACCAGAAAUCUUGCAUUUACUUUCAAUUCAAUGCCAUUUUAACAAAGAGGUGUGACAAAUCCCUGAUCAAGUGUCAAACUGUAAGUAGGUCAUUUUAUCAACUGGGAUCAGUCUUCUCUUUUUUCAGCUUUAUUUAAAUGAUUCAUCUCUUUGGUUUCAGAUCUGUAACUGAUGCCCAGUGUUCGACGUGUGAGAUGUAGAUGAGUCAGAUUUAUUUAAUUUUUAUUGUUUAAAAAAAGCACGCGUGGGCGAUGCACGUGUUACUGAUUGUUUUAACUGCAUGUUGUUUUUUAACUUCUUCCUUUAAGUUUGUUGAGUGUGUGUGAGUUUUGCUUUGUAGACUUCCAGAAAUGUUUUAAUAGAAAAGAGUGAUUAAAAAGGAAGUUUGUGUAAAA